GGUCUUGGGGGGCGUGGCGUGGCCUGACAAGGCCGUUGAGCUUCUGGACUGACUUCGGGAGGGGGUGGCGGGGGAAAACGGAGGGACAGAGCCAAGCUGCGCAGUCAGACUCGGGUUGGGGCGCCAGCUGAAGACGCGGGACUUAAAGCGCGUAGCCAGAACCCAGGCACCAGCCAGUAAGUGCUCCCGGAAGCCAGAAACUUUCCCUCAGCUGGGCUCUGCCAGUCACGUGCAGCAGAAGGGGGAUGCUUUGGGCUUCUUGUGUCCAUUGUCCAGAACUCAUCUGAAAAACUGCCACAGGAAUUGCUUCUCUGCUCCAGGCUGGUCACUGAACAGGUUGCUCCAGGACCUGCAGAAUGGGGGCAGGCUGUGUCAAAGUCACCAAGUAUUUCCUCUUCCUCUUCAACUUGCUGUUCUUUAUCCUGGGUGCUGUGAUCCUGGGCUUCGGGGUGUGGAUUCUUGCAGACAAGAACAGCUUCAUUUCCGUCCUACAAACCUCAUCCAGCUCGCUGCAGGUGGGGGCUUACGUCUUCAUCGGUGUGGGCGCCAUCACCAUAGUGAUGGGCUUCCUGGGCUGUAUCGGUGCUGUCAAUGAGGUCCGCUGCUUGCUGGGUCUGUACUUUGUCUUCCUUCUGCUGAUCCUCAUCGCACAGGUGACCGUAGGGGUCCUCUUCUACUUCAACGCUGACAAGCUGAAGAAGGAGAUGGGGAACACAGUGAUGGACAUCAUUCGCAACUACACUGCCAAUGCCACCAGUAGCCGCGAGGAGGCCUGGGACUACGUGCAGGCGCAGGUCAAGUGCUGUGGCUGGGUCAGCCACUACAACUGGACAGAGAACGAGGAGCUCAUGGGCUUUACCAAGACCACUUACCCAUGCUCCUGCGAGAAGAUCAAGGAAGAGGACAACCAGCUCAUUGUGAAGAAAGGAUUCUGUGAGGCUGAUAACAGCACUGUGAGCGAAAACAACCCUGAGGAUUGGCCUGUGAACACUGAGGGCUGCAUGGAGAAGGCGCAGGCGUGGCUUCAGGAGAACUUCGGCAUCCUUCUGGGCGUGUGUGCUGGUGUUGCUGUCAUUGAGCUGCUGGGGUUGUUCCUGUCCAUAUGUUUGUGCCGGUACAUUCAUUCUGAAGACUACAGCAAGGUCCCCAAGUACUGAGGUUGCUGAUGUCCCCACCGUCCUAUUUCUCCACCCUCAGCCUCCCAUGGGGCCUCUCUAGCUUUUUCUCACAUGGGCCCUGCUCCAUCCACCACUGAGGCCUCUGGCCCAUCCUGGAAAGGUUGCAUUGGGAACUUUCUGGGCCUGGGCCCUUCUCCCUGUCCUUCUGCCACCAAUAUGGGGCCCUGGCUAUCCUGUGGCCUUUCUUCCUACUGCCUGGGAUAUUUUAACAGCUCGAAAUGGCUCCCAGUAUUACUGUACACAGGAUAGCUGUGUCUCCACCCUGAAGUCAUAUUGUAUUGUAUUAAAAACCAGGGAGGGUGGGUGUAGCACCCGUAGCUGCCCAGGGAAAGGCCACAGGAAAGGUUGGUGGGGUUUUCCCCACUGUCACACUUUCUUCAUAGGUUUUCCAUGUUUCUGUGGGAGACAGGGUAGGCAAUUCUUCCACACACUUGGAGCACUCCCCCCUCCCCAAGCUCAGUUCAGCAGGGAACUGAACUGAGGGGCCUCCUGGGGGACUGGCCCAGGUAGCCUCUGGUGCGCUCCUCUUGGUGAGGGACCUGACAACUUAGGGGUGUGGGUCCCUCAGGUCUGGCACAAGACCCUGGAUGAGAGGAGGAUCUGGACUGGUGUUUCUUGGCAGCUGUCCCCUGUCCUCUGCGCUAAGGGUGGGUGAGGCUGUGCCUUGCAGGGUGGGGGAGGGGUUCCAUACACUCAUCUCUGGAAUCAAUUAUUAAAGGAGGGUUUAUAAUGAUCCAGUCUG